ACUUCGUUGCGGGAAUCUCUUGGACAAAAAAAAACCAUUAUUGGUUUCACGAAUCUGUGAAUCAGGGAGGGGUCAAGAGCUUUGUUUUUCAGUAUCAGUUCAAUUUCUUAGAUCAAAUCAAGGAUCUUAUUUAUCAUUUUUUUUUUGUUUUGUAUAAGUAAACAGAUUUCCACCUUUGAUCCGAAAAAAGCUACAAAGUUUACAGAAAGGAAAGGAACCUUUCCUCUGUAUUCUUCAUUGGUUCCUUUAGAUCUCCAACAAAAUGACCGAACCAACAGCGAAGACUCCUUUGUUUCCGCCAUCAUCUUCUCGAAAGCUUCCUGAUUUCAAACAAUCUGUUAAACUUAAGUAUGUAAAGCUUGGCUAUCAUUAUCUAAUCACCCAUGGAAUGUACCUCUUCCUAUCCCCUCUUGUGGUUCUCAUCGCCGCUCAACUCUCCACAUUCUCAAUUCAAGACAUCCUUGAUCUAUGGGACCAUCUGCGAUUCAACCUUGUUUCAGUGAUCGUCUGCUCCGCACUGCUUGUUUUCCUCUCUACUCUCUACUUCCUCACCCGUCCUCGACCAGUCUAUCUCGUGAAUUUCUCUUGUUACAGACCAGAAGAUGCUCGGAAAUGCCCAAGGCAGAUCUUUAUGGAGCGAUCGGCGUUAACAGGUUCCUUCACUGAGGAAAACCUUGAGUUUCAGCGUAAAAUCCUUGAAAGAUCAGGUCUUGGUGAAACAACCUACCUCCCUGAGGCUGUCCUCAGAGUUCCACCCAACCCAUGUAUGGCUGAAGCAAGAAAAGAAGCGGAGACAGUGAUGUUUGGUGCCCUGGAUGAGCUGUUCGCCAAGACUAAACUGAAACCCAAAGACAUUGGUAUCUUGGUGGUCAACUGUAGCUUAUUCAAUCCAACUCCUUCUCUCUCUGCCAUGGUGAUCAACCAUUACAAGCUCAGAGGGAAUAUAAUUAGCUACAAUCUUGGUGGUAUGGGUUGCAGCGCUGGCCUGAUCUCAAUCGACCUUGCAAAAGAUCUUCUUCAAGUCCACCCCAACUCCUAUGCUUUGGUGAUCAGUAUGGAGAACAUCACAUUGAAUUGGUACUUUGGGAAUGAGAGGUCAAUGCUUGUUUCGAAUUGCUUGUUCAGAAUGGGAGGGGCUGCCAUCUUGCUCUCAAACAAGAGGUCCGAUCGGCGAAGAUCCAAAUACCAAUUGGUCCAUACUGUCAGGACCCACAAAGGUGCUGAUGACAAGUGCUUUUCCUGUGUUACUCAGCAAGAGGAUUCCACUGGAAGAAUUGGUGUGUCUCUCUCCAAGGAUCUCAUGGCAGUUGCAGGGGAUGCUCUGAAGACCAACAUCACCACCCUUGGCCCUCUUGUUCUACCAAUGUCUGAACAAUUGCUUUUCUUUGCUACAUUGGUUGGAAGAAAGCUUUUCAAGAUGAAGAUCAAGCCUUACAUCCCAGACUUCAAAUUGGCCUUCGAGCAUUUCUGCAUCCAUGCAGGAGGAAGAGCCGUAUUGGAUGAAUUGGAGAAGAACUUGCAGCUCUCUGAUUGGCAUAUGGAGCCAUCUAGAAUGACACUGUUCCGAUUUGGUAACACCUCUAGCAGUUCUCUUUGGUAUGAAUUAGCUUAUUCAGAGUCAAAGGGAAGGAUUAAGAGGGGAGAUAGAACAUGGCAGAUAGCUUUUGGAUCCGGGUUCAAGUGUAAUAGUGCAGUCUGGAAGGCUCUGAGGACCAUAAACCCAGCAAAGGAGAAGAACCCAUGGAUGGAGGAGAUAGACCAGUUCCCUGUGAUUGUUCCAAAGGUUGCCCGUAUCUAAAAUUCCAAUUGUUUAUUUCCUAGUCAGUU